UGUGUGAGUGUGUUUCCCCUGUCUGGGCAUGUUCCCAUGACGUCGUAGUUGGUGUUAUUUAAAAUUAUGUAUAUUUGACGCCACUCUCACAAGGUCUGUUAACGAUACGUUUGACACGCCCCUGUUUAGACCGAGUUUUGCUUUCGGUUUCAUGAACUUGACAGGAUUUUCAACAUGAAACAAAACGGCUACUAAACAAGACAUGGAAGGAAGAACCAUUAAAGUUUGCGGAGUGCCUGAUAUUCUUCCCGCUGACCGGAUUGUUGACAAGGUCACAAUCCACUUCUUACGACCCAGACAGGGGGGCGGAGAGGUUCUUAGAGUAAUCUAUCCAAGCUCCACAAAAGGGCAAGCCUUUGUCGUAUUCGAGCAUAAUGAAGUGGCUGCCCGGGUUGCAGGUCUAAAACAAUCCUUGGACAUAGAUGGCCAACAGUAUCCCCUGACGAUUGAGAUAGUGGAUCGACCAGACGUGGACCUCCCUGUUCAGGCCACCUUGGACCUGCGAAUGUUCCCUGACCAGAGUGAAGUCCGUCGUCUCCUGAGGAAUCACAACUUUAAGGUGUCAGAGCUCAGCCCUGGUAAGGUGCUACUGGAUGGAACAUUCCUGAGCCUGCGAGCCGUCCGUUCCCAGCUCCAGAGACAGCUCCAGGAGGCUCGGCCCCACGCAGACAGGGACCGCUCUGUCUUCACCUCAAAUGACACUGCCUCAGGUGCACUCACCGAAGACUCAUACAGAGCGCAGCCCCAUGUGAAUGGUUCACAUGUUUAUGAGAGAGAAGGUUCCUAUACGAACAACUCACAGGAUUACGUGAGGCCAGGGGGUUCCUCUGCUAGUUCAGAUCAGUCUCUUUCGCCUUCUUAUCACUCGUGGGAGAGGAGUUCUUCUCAAAACCAAAGCUAUUUAUCACAGGAUUCGGAAGCUCCUCAAAGCUUACCCAACUUUCCGAAAGACACCUUGACAGGCAAACCACCGCUGCAGAGGGGGACAGCGUCUCCAAGGGAGAUCUCUCUCCAGGUGGAUGCCGAUAGUUACCGUUACACCUGGACCUUCAAGAACGAUCUUGUAACCGACAUACUUAUAACCCACGGUGUAGAGGCCACUACGAAUGAGCUUUCGGGGAUAACAACCUUAACCCUGAAGGGAAAGGGGUGUGAGAGAGCUAUGCAGAAGCUGCAGGAUCUCAUCAGUGACACUUCCUCUACUUUACGCACCCAGGAAAUAUCACUGUCCACACUCAGCCAUGAACAAAGAGUACAGAUUGGAAAACAAGUUCAGCGAUUUAAGGACGUGUACAAAGUGUUCGUCAAGCAAUCACAAAGCUCGAUUCUAAUCAUCGGAUCUUCCACAGACAGCUAUGAGAUGAAACAGAGCUUACUAGGAGAACCUGUACACAGCUAUGAGAUGAAACAGAGGUUACUAGGAGAACCUGUAGCCCUUUCAAGCUCUGUGCGUACAGGCCGUGACACUGAAAGAGGCCCGAGAACGAGGCGUAGCUCAUCCUUACCCAAACAACCGAAGUUAAGGCCCGACCAGCACAGCAGUGCAAGGCUGGAGUCUCCACCUGUGUCUGCUUCUCAGGCCUACUCUCCCUCACAUUACCAGGGCGAUGAACCGAGGGGAGGGGCUGCCAUGGGAGGGUCACGCAGAGGAUCCAGUUCAGACAGAAGAGAGAAGACGACGGUUCAGAGGCCUGUGCACAAGGCAGACAAGCAGAAUAUGGCUCCCUCUAGUGGGGCUCCAAUGCCACCAUUGAAGAAAAAUGCAUUGAAUUCAGUAAUUGAAAAUACAUCGUCAUCAUUAAAAAAAAAAUGGACUAGCAUGACUAGCAAGAGAUGAGUCUAAAAUAUGAGUCCAUACAGCUGUCACUUUAAUAUUUGUAGAGUGUAUUUGUUCCAAACUAGAAAAUGUGAUAAGUUGUUAAAAAAAAGGUAGUUCUAACAUUGAAUUCAAAACAAAAAAUUAGGUACUUGAUUGCUGAUGCCCAUACAUACAUAGUAUUGUUAAAGCUGUCAUGUUGUAUUUAGAGUAACAAUUAUGAAGUCUAAUAAUAUAUUUUUUGUUAUUAAAACAGGUAAUAUGUUACUGUGCAGAUGAAUUAUACAAAAUUUGCACAAUCUCUUCAGUUUUGUGAUUUUCAAGUCAUCUCUCACCUCUGGGAUUCACACGAUAUCUGUUUUAUUUGUUCAUUGAAUGAUUAUGAAUAGGUAUUCGUAUUGGAUUACUCAUUGGAUUACUCACUCAUACUCACUCAUAUGUUUUUAAAAUUGUAAUGUUGUCUUUUGUCUUUACACUACACUAGAAAAUGUAUCCUGAAUGGGAAGUGAUUAAUUGCAUGUUCCAAAGGAGUCGUGUUUGCAACAUCCCCAAGGAGAUUUAAAUCACUGUUGAAAAUGAUCUGUGUGACAAGUUUUAUUGACAUUAAACAUGUUCGAAUAGAGAA